AUAUGCUGUAUCGUGCAUGGCUGGGUGAGGGAGAAGCCUGUCAGCAUGCAUUGGCAAAGCGCUUCCUCAUCAACCUAAUUCUAAGGCUCCGGGCACGUCUUGUGACUCCCUUCGCCCCUCUCCCUUGCCCCUCUUCAUGGUUACGUCGUCCAUUUUGCUGAGGAAUCUGGGUUGAACAAGCCUUAGCAAUGGCAUCAGCAAUACUAAUAGGUUGUACCGGACUGGUGGGAUCUCACAUCCUCCGAAACCUCAUCUCCAGCGAAGCCAUCACCUCAAUCAACACCUUCUCCCGCCGCCGUUCUCCGGAGGCAUCGUCAUCAGAUAAAGUCCACGCCUUCGUCGCUUCAGACCCAGCCCGGUGGCUUGCCCAGAUCACGCGGCCGUCCGGAGGGCAACGACCCGCGAUCUUGUUCUCCGCGUUCGGGACGACCCGCGCCGCGGUCGGCGGCAGCUUCGAGGCCCAAUCCCGGAUCGACCACAGCCUGCAGCUCGAGCUCGCACGGGCCGCCCGGCAAGCGGGCUGUCGGGUGUGCGUCCUGGUCUCUUCGUCCUUCGCCAGUGAGCGUUCCUGGGUCCCGUAUGCACGUAUGAAGGGUCGGAUUGAAGCCGAUCUCAAAGCGUUGCAGUUCGAGAAGACCGUGAUUCUCCGUCCCGGGGUUAUAUUAGGGGAUCGUGGUGAGAGCCGUCCUGGGGAAUGGCUCGCGCAGGGGCUGGUGCGGGGCAUUGGGAUUGUAGCUCCUUCUUGGGGGAAUGCGCUUGGUCAGGAUGCUGGUGUGAUUGCUGAGGCUGCUUUGAGGACUGGACUAAGGGGCUUAGAGGGGGGUUUGGAUGGGGGAGAUGACGGUUCUGGGGUGUUGCUUGUGGAACGGAGUGAUAUCGUCAAGAUUGCGAGGAUGGAGCCAGUUUCUUAGCUUCUUUUGUAAGAAAGUUCGGUGGGGCUCUUUAAAACAUCACAGUAUUAUCGCAAAGUAGCAUGUGUUAGUUCUCUCUUCUCUUAUUUGGC